UGAGUUUAUUCUGGUCAUUUUGAAAAUGACAGAAUGCAUUUAUUUAUUUAUUUAUUAUGUAUUUCAGGUGCGUCUGAUCCUCUGAGCUGGACGUCUGAAGCGAUGAUCACAAACAUGAUUGUGUUACUGUGUUUGUCUGCCCUGUUUCCCGUCUUAAUGUGCGCUGAAGAGGUCAAAUCGGAUUGCUUUCUGGCCAGAGACUGCUCUGAUGUGUAUUCGAGUGGGAAAAAUGUCAGUGGUGUGUACACCAUCACCUCAUUAAAUGGACCGGUGCAGGUCUACUGUGAGAUGGUCUCCAGUGGAGUAAAUGACAGAGGACACUGGACGGUGUUUCUCAGGCGAAUGGACGGCGAGGUGAAUUUCUUUAGACCAUGGGAGAGUUAUAAGAAGGGUUUUGGUAAUAAAGAAGGCGAAUACUGGCUGGGUUUAGAGUUUCUUCAUGAGCUGACCACCAGGUAUCAGUAUAAACUCAGAGUAGAUUUGGAGGACUUUGAAGGGAAGAAAGCUUACUCUGUGUACGACUCUUUCUCUGUUGGCUCUGAGGCUACUGGAUACAAACUGCAAGUGAGCGGCUUUGUAGACGGAGGAGCAGGUCAGACUUUUAUUUAUCAUAAUGGAUUGAAGUUCUCCACCUUUGACAAAGAUAAUUCAGGAGCUAACUGUGCUAAAAAAUACUCUCAAGGAGGGUUUUGGUACAAUGGUUGUGAUUAUACAAACCCUACUGGUCUGUAUUGGUGGGGGAAAGAUGAUAACAAUUUGAUGAGUGGGCCCUUCUGGUACUACUGGAAGAAUAACUAUAAAUCUCUGAAGGCCGUCACCAUGAAGAUCAGACGUGUGAUGUAGAGCAGGCCUUACAAACGCUUCACUGCAGCUUGUGCACAUCCACAACUUUAUGCAUAU